GAGUUGGGCAGGUGAAGGCGCGGGCGCGGCCGCGGCCGCUUGAGGCCAGGCCCCGCGACCUGGCCGGCCGGUCUGGGAAGGCAGGCCUAUGGAGCUUCCAAGGUGAAGCUCGUCGACUCUGACUUUGUCCCGAGGCGGACGGGAACCACCAAGCUGCGGCCACCUAUGAACCCGACCACAUUCUCCCGCAUGAACAUCAUCUAUUCAGAAAUUGAGGCUCACACUAUUGAGAAACAACGGAAAGAACUGCAACUGUUAAUUGGGGAACUAAGAGAUCGGGACCGAGAGCUCAGUGAGAUGGUUCUGGCACAUCAAAGACAGCUUCUGGCAUGGGAAGACGAUCGGCAGAAAGUGCUGACUUUGGAAGAAAGAUGCUGCAAAUUGGAGAACGAACUGCAUAAAAGGAGUGAAGUAAUUAGAACCCUCACCAAGAGGAUCAAAACGCUAGAAUCUCAACAAAAUGACCACCAGGAGGUUCUGCAGACAGCUCAGCAGCAGCUCCAGGAAAUGGCUCAAAAGGCCACCCACGCUUCUUUCAUCUGUGAGGACCUCGAGGGAAAGAACAGAUGUCUCAACAACUCAGUGAUGGAACUUUCAGCACAGGUAGGACAGUUACAAGCUCGAGAACAGGCUCUCUCUACGAUGAUCAAGCUUAAGGACAAAGAUAUUGUUGAGGCAAUCAAUCAUAUUACAGACUGUUCAAGUAAAUUUAAAAUGCUAGAGCAUGCUUUACAUGAUGCCAAAAUGGUGGAAUCCUGUAUUAUCAAGGAAAAACAAGAUUAUAAGCAGAAAAUGAAAGCGCUAAAGUUUGAAGUAAAUAAACUAAAAGAUGACCUGAAUGAAAAGACGACUGAAAAUAAUGAGCAGCGAGAAGAGAUUAUUCGUCUCAAACAAGAGAAAAGUUAUCUUCAUGAUGAGUUGGUCUUUACUGUCGAGAGAGAAAAGAGGAAAGAACAGUUGCUUGAUAUCGCAAAGUCAAAGCAAGAACGGACAGAUACUGAACUGCACAACUUGAGACAGGUAUAUGUCAAACAGCAAAGUGACCUCCAGUUUCUUCAUUUCACUGCAGAAAAUUCUAGGGAUGACUCAAGGAUGGACGAGUCACGGAUCCAUGAAACCAGCAGAGAAUUGAGUUACUCAGAUCUCGAAAGUAACACCCCCAAAAGCAUCAUUAAGAGAGAGGGAAAUCAGAAGAUAUACACUAAGGAUCAUGAUAGUGACGCCUCCCAGGCUCAGCACUGGAGGCCAGAAAAGGGUGGUUAUGACGGAGGCAAAGAAGACAAGAGAGUUAGCUCUGCCUACACAGAGGAGACCAGUACUGGGACUUCAGCCAUUUUCGCCAAAGAUAUGCUAGAAAGACAAAGGCCCCUGCUUUUGAAAGAGAAAGUACAGUUUAAUACAAUGACCCCGGUUGAGUCCAAAAGGAGAAGUACAUUUUGCAGAAGCAGUAUGAAGUCAGCCAAGAGCAGUGACAGCGAGACCCUGCCGCGGGAGCACCUCCACCACCACCACUUUGUAGGGCCCGAUCACAAGCAUUGUGAUCUCAGUAUCUUUGUGAGCCCAGGCUCAUCAAGAGCAAAGCAGGUGGAAAGGCUAGAAAUGGAAUGUCAUGAGCCGAUGGAGGUGGCUGAACCCUCCUGUUCCCAGUUCAAUGAAGGCUCUUUGAGCGACUCAGACAUUUGUGAAUCUAAAUGCUGCCACCCGAGUAACUUCAUCAUCGAAGCCCCAGCCCGGAGCUCCGUUUCCGAUGUGGAGUGGAUGAGGAUUUUCAAGCCUUCUAAAGUAGAGAGAAUUGUUCGACCCAAGACUGUUUGCACGUGCUCAAGGAGUGUCUGUGGAAUAAAGUAUCAUACACUCAAAAGCCCACCAAUAGCCUUCUGGCAUUCCCACCGCAUGGGUGCCUCUAAUAUAAAGUGCUCGAUGAAGAACGAGGAGAGAUUCACGGAUUACUCUUCAGAUAAAAGGCAUUCAUCUGGAUUUUUAUCAAGUGGCAGAGGCCCAGAUCCUGCCCUCCAUCAUGAUGACUGUUCUCCCACAAGUAAGCUUCAGCGCUUGCUGGCGGAAUCUCGAGAGAUGGUUACUAAUCUGGAACUUAGCACUCUGCUCCCUGUUAGCGCUAGCAAUCCCAACCACAGUACAGACCUCUCCGACCUGACAGCUCACAAAAUGCCACUGCCAGUGAUUGAAGAAAACAACUCUUGAGUCCAGUUUCCCGGGUGAUCAUGGAAGCAGAUUUCUUGUCUAUUUCGAAGGAAGGAAGCAGACAUCUUGCAUAAUACUUACUUUGAAAGAAGAUUGUAAUUCUUCAUAAGCAAUACAUAGCUAAUAGCCAAAGGCACUAGAACCUAAAAGACCAUUUCUUAAUACCUGUAUUUUGAAUGUUGUCAAGUUAGUAGUUUCCAAAUGUCAUAGCUUUAUGCUAGGCCUUAUUUGUAUAUAUUUGUGAAACCAAACUUGGUAUUAUGCUGAGAAAUAUGACUCUUGUGUGUAGAGAUGCCUUCCCACUAACUGUUAGAGAAACCUUGGGAAAGCAUGAACUUCAAAGUGAGAGCCUCAACAAUCGGUGAUGGAUUGUACAGAAUUCUCCACUCUUUUGAUGAAUUGUUUGAACUAUUUUUUCUUGGCUGUACAUUCAUUUGCAUUUUUUACUGGUCUGUUACCAGGGUCAGUUUAUAAAUGCCCAAAAAAUGGCAUUCACUUGUUAUUUUGUUGCUUUGGCCCUGGACUUUGCUGUGUAAAUAGACACGAAAUAAUGUGCGAAGUGUUUUUAACUGGAAAGUACUUCCUUAGUGACUGAAAAUUGACAUCCUUCAGCCCGCCCAGAAUGAGCUGAGCAAUCCCCCUCCUCUAGUCGAGGCCCUGUACACCAAAAGCUUACCAGAAGAUCAAGUGCUAUGUGUGGUAUUUUAAUUUUUUCACCUCCGAGGAAUGAGAACAGUCCCGUAUUUAACUUGUAAAGUCAUUUUAUUUUUUAAAAAUAUGCUAUGUAUAUCUGUCUCAUCUAAGAGAAGCAACAGCUGCAUUCAAUGGAAAUAUUUUUAACAAUAAAGAGAAUGACCUUUC